UUGCAAGUGAACCUUGGGAGUUCAGUCUUUCUGCAAUGGAGACAGUGCAGGCCGCGAUCCUUGGCUUUGUUAGCAGUUUGUAAUUUAGCCAGAUUUUAUUUUUUAAAACAAAAAACACCACCCCCCACCCCGCCCCAUCUUUUAAUGACAGUAUGCUGCAGUAUGUGACAGCCAAUGUUUUAAAGUACGGUACGUUUAGUCUCCUCAUAGUUUUGUCGUUAGAUUUUGCAAGCGUUUCUUUAAAAGCUAGAUGACACUGUCAGUAAACGCCAAAAUAACGGCCGUCGCUUGAACCAACCGGUAUUACUUCAGUGUGACGCCAGGAGCCGGUUCUCGCCGGCGUUCUACGCGGGCGGGGGGACGCUUAUUCGCUAACUGAGAGGGGCGGGGCCGCUAGGCCGCCGCUAGUGCGCAUGCGUAGCGUCUUCCGCCCUGGGUGACCCCGGCAGUUUCCGCUGUUGGCCGAAACGUCGCGAAGACCGUUACCUGAGUGCCACCCGCCGCCGCCAUGGCCGAUGAAAAUGAUUCCCUGAGGGAAGCCGACGAGACUAGAGCGCAGCCGGUGGUGACCAUGCCCAGUAGUGCGUACUUUCUGAAGCAGGUGGAAGAGGAGGAGGAGGAGGAAUCUUUGAAGGUGGAAGUGGCAGCGGCGUCUGACGACGAAUCUGAUACUUCCUCUGACGACGAAUCUGAUACCUCCUCUGACGACCUGAGCUGGGGGAAGGCCGACAUCGACCCCAGCCUGCUGGAGCGGGUGGAUGAGGAGAAAUGCCGGAGUAUCCGCAAGCAGUACCGGCAGCUCAUCUAUACCGUCCAGCAGAACCGUGACGACAUCGUGAACACGACGAGCGACACCUUAACCGAGGCUCUCGAGGAAGCCAAUGUCCUGUUUGAUGCAGUGAGUCGAACAAGAGAAGCGGCUCUCGACGCUCAGUUUCUUGUUUUGGCUUCUGAUUUGGGUAAAGAAAAAGCAAAACAGCUGAACUCUGACAUGAGCUUUUUUAAUCAGGUGGCAUUUUGUGACUUUCUGUUUAUAUUUGUGGGUCUAAAUUGGAUGGAAGAUGACGGACGUGAUCCGUUGAAUAACUGUGACGAUAACAUAGCUCUUUCCUUCUGGGAGACAGUACAGAAGGAAGCGACAUCGUGGAUGUUACAAGCUGAAACAUUCCACUUUCUUUUUGGUUCGUUCAAACCAGAGUCUGCGGCGCGAAAGCCGCGACUUAAUCACCGGAGAAAAGUUCAGAAAAUGGAAGAGAAUGGGGAUAUGCCUACAAAGCUGAGGAAGCUGGAUCUGAGUGGUAAUCAAGAAGCCACAGAAAAAGAAGUAGAAAGAAUCUUGGGAUUGUUGCAAACGUACUUUCGAAAGUAUCCUGAUACUCCUGUGUCUUAUUUUGAGUUUGUGAUUGAUCCAAACUCUUUCUCUCGUACUGUGGAGAAUAUAUUUUACGUUUCUUUCAUUAUAAGGGAUGGUUUUGCAAGAAUAAGGCUUGACCAAGACAGGCUGCCAAUAUUGGAGCCAAUUAAUAUUAAUCUAGCUGGUGAGGGAAAUGAUCCCAGUUUCCACAGCAGGAAACAGGGAGUUAUAUCUUUGAGUUUACAAGACUGGAAAAAUAUUGUGGCAACUUUCGAAAUUUCAGAGGCUAUGAUCACAAACUAAAGAUUUUUGUUCUUAGUAUAGGAUGCAGUUUUGUUUAUUUUCUAAAGCAUAACAUAGUGGAGAGUAAAAUCCAAACAGAAGCACAUACUGUAUUUCUUGUGAAAAAUAUUUUCAAGAAAAUAAGUUGUUUUACUGUGCGUUGUAUUUUUCUUGGUAGUUUUAUAAAGUUGUCAUGACCUUCUGUUGCUUAACAAAUUCACUGGUGUAUUCAUGCGAAAGAUUUUUUGACUGCUCCAUAAGACUUUAUUAGUAAAAACUGAAUUCCAUAAAAUAAAAGGUGUUUAAUAACUUUUAAAAAAUGAAUUAUGAUGCUCUGUGAUACUACAUUGCUUUCUCUGCUACAGGGAACCAAGGGAAUCCCAUAUGGGGCUCUUGACCAGGUUGGGGGAAAGAAUGGGUAAACAAAAAAUGGUCAAGAAAGACGGUAGGGCAGUGCCUAAGUCAUGUUAAUACCGUAAAAAAUUCAGAUGCUAUGCUUCAUUUCAAAGACGACUCACAAGAUUAAUGAGUGGGUGUCCUUGUUCUAAAUAAUUUCUACUGUGAUGUGGGCUUAACAAGUAGACUGUCUACUGUAAUAGGUGAGCCAUCAACUAAGUACUGAAAGGUGAGUAGGAAUUGAUCAGAGAUCGGGAGGGGAAAUAUGGAGGGUCAAAUAUGUGGAAUUGUGAGAAGUUAUGGCUCCAGAGAAAUCUAUGUUUCUUUUGGAAAACUAUUCUAUCUGAAUGUUAUACUAGGCAAAAAUUGAUUUACCACAUCUGUUAGUGCCCUCUCUUUGUUAGAUUAUUUCAAACACAAAAUCUUUUAACAUCCAGUUACAAUUUUUAUAUGCUUGUUUUGUUUCUUCUCUGGCCCCUAGUUUCCCUUUGUAAUUUCUGCUAGUACACAGAGUGUUCCUCAGAAUUGGUGAUGUUUCAUUAUGUACUGGCCUUGAAUAUUUGUUCCCAACUCAAUUUUGAUUUCUUAAUAGGACUUUGAAUGCCUGGAAACUCUACCUGUGUAAAUUGAAAUAUCAGUAUAUGAUUAAUUUAUCCAAAUUUCCUUCAUUUCCUAUAAAGCUCUAAA